CCGCCGCCGCUUUCUGCAAGGUCUGCCAACAGCAAAGGUGGCCUUCUGUGUCGAUGCCCUGUCAAGAUGUCUCCCCGCAAGCUCUCGCCGUAACGUACCCGCUUAGCAUGUAGGUCCCGUCGCUGCGGCGAAGUGCGAGGGAAAACUAAACAACAGGAAAAGAAAGCGAAGAGCCGGAAUCGCCGCAAAGCCUCGUCGUCUCCCCCCCUACCUCCGUUCCUCUGAUCUCCGCCGGCUCGGCUGAACACCACUACGCUUUGGAAGACGAUUUUUUGGGAGCUCAGUCAUGAGCUGAUCACCGUGGCGAGGGCGAGCGUUCGUUGGUGGCGCACGUCAGCGCGGUGUUCAAGGGGGUCUGUGUUUCGUGGAGGGCGGGCAUGGAUGGGGACUGGCCAGCCUCCCACGCCAGCUGCCACCACUUCCAGACGGCCAGACACGCCAGCUGAGUGACGGUGCAGCCCGUAGUGUGUCACCAGCAUGGGCAACCUCAACUGCCUCGCGUUGUCGCCGGGUGCUCGGGUGUCGCACGACAGCUCGCGGCACGGCGACGACGGCCUGGACAAAACCGGCACCGACAGCACGGCGCUGCACCAGGUCUCGGGCAGCACCGCCGACAACAACGGCGGCUUGCGGCCGCAUGACGGCCGCUACACCAAGGCACCGGUGGGGGCCGUGGCGGUGUUGCCGACAAACGGACCCCAUUUGCACCACGAGGGGCUGCCCCAGAGAGUGACCAACAUCGUCGGCUCAGCUCAGGGCAAGGUGGUAGUGGCCCUUUACACCUACAAUGCGAGGGACGAUGGUGAUCUCAGCUUUAGGAAGGGAGACCGGCUUCAGAUUCUUAAUGACAGUGAUCCGGACUGGUGGCAUGCCAAACAGCUCAACGGCCCACAGACUGGCUACAUUCCACAGAACUAUGUGGCAUUUGAGAAGACCGUAGAGAGUGAAGACUGGUUCUUUGGCAAGGUAUCGCGGAAGGACGCCGAGAAGAUGCUCAUGCUCGCCUCCAAUCCGAGGGGCACGUUCCUCAUUCGAAACAGCGAGCAGACAACAGGGGCGUUCUCGCUGUCGAUCCGCGACUUCGAGCCAACCAAGGGGGACCACGUGAAGCACUACAAGGUGAAGACCAUGGACAAUGGUGGCUUCUUUGUCACCACCAAGAAGACCUUCUCCACCCUCCAAGAGCUCAUCUCCUACUACAUGGAAGGUGCAAAUGGCUUGUGCCACAAGCUCACAAUCGCAUGCCCCAAGCCCAAGCCCGUGGUCUGGGACCUGUCGCCAGAGACGCGCGACGAGUGGGAGAUCCCACGCAGCUCAGUGCAGCUCAUCCGAAAGUUGGGAAGUGGCAACUUUGGCGAGGUCUGGUACGGUUUGUGGAAGGGCAGCACGGAGGUGGCAAUCAAGACUCUAAAGCCGGGCACAAUGGACCCGGCGGCGUUCCUCCAGGAGGCGGCCAUCAUGAAGAAGUUCCGUCACGAGAAACUGGUGUCUCUGUAUGCCGUCUGCUCCAAGGAGGAGCCCAUCUACAUCGUCACCGAGUACAUGGCCCACGGCUCACUGCUCGAACACCUGCGCGGACGCGAGGGCCGUGGGCUCAAGCUGCCCGCGCUCAUCGACAUGGCCGCACAGAUUGCAAGCGGCAUGGCCUACCUGGAGAGCAAACAGUUGAUCCACCGUGACCUGGCUGCACGUAACAUUCUCGUCGGUGAGAACAACGUGGUCAAGGUCGCGGACUUUGGACUGGCCAGGAUCAUUGAAGACUCCGAGUACACCGCAAGGCAAGGUGCCAAGUUCCCCAUCAAAUGGACGGCCCCCGAGGCAGCCCUGUAUGGCAAGUUUUCCAUAAAGUCCGACGUGUGGUCCUACGGCAUCUUGCUUUACGAACUCAUCACCCAUGGGCAGAUCCCUUACCCGGCGAUGCCCAAUCGGCAGGUGAUAGAGUACGUGGACCGGGGUUACCGGAUGCCCAAGCCGACCAACUGUGAAUGUCCGGACUCUGUCUACAACAUCAUGCUCAACUGCUGGGAGGCCGACCCCGAGAAGCGGCCCACGUUCGAGUACCUUUUCGGCUUCUUCGACGACUACUUCGUCUCCACUGAGCCCAGCUACAGGGACGCCGAGGACUUCUGAAUUGGUAGCGAGUGUCAGGUGCAGUUGUGCGGGAGAAGACAUCCAGUCGCGUGUUUUGAAGGUCGGUGCACCAACAGUUGCCCGGAGGACACGAGACAGCAGGAAUGUGAGUCAAGCAAUGGUGCAUUGGCUUCCAUCGGCUCAAUCCUAAAGCGAAACAGCCAGAAGACAACAGAAGCAGUCUUGUUGUGUAUUUUCUUGGGCUUUCGCAUGCUUUGUGGUUUGCAAAAACUCGUUACACAUCAACCAGAUGUAGAUCAAUGCAUGCAUUGGGUUUACAUUGAUUCAGCCUUGGAUUUCAUUGGCUCAGUCCUAAAGUGAAACAGUCGGAACGCAUCAGUAACAGUAUCAUCGUGCAUUAUCAAAGGCCUUUGUGCAGACUUUGCGGACUCUGUAGGUUACCUUGGUUUGCAUAAAGGCCUCUCACACCAACUGAAUAGGAGUGAGUCUCAUAUAGGAGCAUUGGUCUCAUAUUGGUUGAACAUUGGCUUCCAUCGGCUCAAUCGCAAAGUGAGACGGCCAGAAGGCAUCAGAAGCGGUCUUGUGUAUUGUCAAGCGCUUCUGGCCUUUGCAGAUGUGUAGGAUGCCUUGGUUUGCAUGAAGGCCUCAAACAUCAACUGGAUGGAGGUGAAUGGGUGCACUGCUGCUUUCAUAUUGGUAUAACCUAGGCUUACAUUGGCUCAGCUAAGGUGAAACAACCAAGAGACAUUAUGAGCAGUCUUGUAAUGGUGUUCCCAAAGGCCCUUGCGUGGACUUUACACACUUUGGUUUGAGUCAAAGCUUCACACAUCAUCCAGAUGGUGGUGAAGCUAUUGGCUUAUUGCUAAUCUGAAAAAAAAAAAAAUGUACAAAGGGUCAGAGGGGCAUAUGAAGUACGCUGUGUACGAACAUUCACGAGCUUAAGUGUGCAGAGUGGGAAUUCCAUGAGAACUCUGAAUUCCUCACAGGAACCUUGCAUUGUGAGGUUCCAGGAACCUCUCAUGCAAUCUAGCCUGAACAUCUUUUAUGCAUAUAAACUCUUAAGUAAAAGUCACAGUCUUGUGCUGUUACUGUAAAUGUUGUGCUGUCCUGCAUUACUGAGUAUAAACUAGGGGUGUGCUAAUAGUGAAAUCUUCUAAUCGAAUGUAGAAUACUUUAUCAUUUCUAAACAAAGUAAAAUAUAAAAUCUCUAAAAUAUAAAUGACAACUAGAGGCUUAUUUACGUUUUAUACAUUUAAUGCCGCUAUCAAAUGGAUUGCAGCUUAUUUCAAAAGCUUGUAAAUGAGAACAAAAGAAGUGUCACUGUAUCUGGCGCACUAUGACAAUGACAGUAAUUCAGCAAACAAAAAACAUGUUAUCAAAUGCACGUAUGACCGUAGUGCUCAUUGAAGGAGCAAAGCACAUUGUCAUACAGUUCCCCCCAGUGCCACACAUCGUUUUUAAGAGAUCCAAGCAUGGCGACAUUGCCAAAAUAGUAAGUAGAUUUAGCUAAAUCUGGAGAGAAAAUUCCUAAACUGGCCUAAGGUGAGACGUUCGUGUUAUAACUUCUGGAAACCAUUGUGCAUAAAUGGUUUCCUCUAUGCAUUCACAUCACAAGCUUGUGCAUGUGUGCAACAACCAUGGUUCUCCUGCAGCAGAAUCAUUUGGAAUACUCUCGACUUGCGUUGGCCUUUUCUCCUGAAGACUUUGAAAACUCUUUCUGCACCUUAGUAUUCGAGCGAAACAAAUAUUCGUCAACUUGGAGUACAUUCUCCAAUCGAAGAGUGAGAACUAUCCGAUUCGUAUUAGAAAUAUUGAAUAUUCACACACCCCUAGUAAAAACUAAACUUCGCUCCCAGUAUUAAGCAGACGUAACCUCUGCGGAUUGUGCCGUUGGGAUUGAUAGAAGGUGGGCGCUCAUUUAACAAGCUCAUUAAUGGGGCAAGUUGGAUCGUAGAAAGGCAGCGCUAACAGACAUGACCGCAAGAAAGUAAAGCAAAAGACAGCGCCACGUCUGUGCUUUGCCCUACUUUCUUGUGGGCACAUUCAUUAGCGCAAGAGUUCGUUCUUCCACGUGUGGCCUUGGUCACUCUCUCAGAAAAGAAAGGACUUCGGAAGUGUGCACUGGCCUAGGCUCGUGAAGUUUCAAUAGUUAGAAAAUACAGCUGGCUGCUUGGAAUAGUACUGCAGGUGAAAAGCUAUCACAUCACAGAUGUUUAGAAUGACAGGUUUAUUAGUGGACUUCCAAGCCCAACAAGUGAUGCCACACUUUAACUGUUUACACCUUUUGGGGCGUAUCUUUGAAAACAACAAUCGCCAUCUGUCUUGCUUGCGUUUCCUUUCUUGAAAAUUCUGCAUCUCGAGGAGCAACGAGCCCUCGUCAAAAGAGCACGGGCAGCGGCUUUUCUUUUGCCAACGGUGUUUCGGACGAGGGACCUGACCAGUCUUCCCGCAACCCAAGGUCUUUUUUUUUUUUUAUGCUUUCAAAAGCUCGCUACUUUCUUGUCAAGAAUGCCACGUCAUGCUGAUAACGCACAUGCCAUUCGUGACCUGGAAGUAUCGGCACGCGGCAUUACAGAAAGGAAAGGCACUCAAGAUAGAUAGUGAUUAUUGUUUGCGGCACAGAGAUACGCCCCAAAGGGUGUAACUGUUUUCAGAGUGCAGCCACAGUUUUUUUCUAAUGUAAAGACUUCUUGUAUUGCUCAUGAGACUUUUUGAUAACCUUGUACUAUCGCUUUGUAGAGCAUUUCAGCAGAGGUCCUUUGCAUUGGUUAUCCUCAAGAGGAUGCUUUCUUAUCAAUCCUUACUUGAAUGCUUCGCUCUGUACAUGAAAUCUUUGAAGCGCCCAAAGAAGUUCUUGAGGUCACAGUGAUAAGGUGUCUGCUCCUGUGCGGAUCCAGUCAUCGUUGCAUUAAGCAAGUCUUCCCCUUUCACAUAUUUUCUUCCGUGGCGGCCGUUUGCUCGUCUUGCUGUGUUCGCUUGAGCAUUCACUGGUUUGGUGAAAGGAUCUGUCUGUCUCUUCUAGUGCUAGUUUAUAGUGUGUCACAAUUUUAACUAACAGGAUUUUGUUAGAGGGUUGGAGGCAGUGCCCACUUCCAUCUGAACUUGGUUCCUGUUCCAAGAAAUGCAAUACUUUUGUAGAUCUUUUUAUGUUCCCUUUUCAAGAACUGCAGUGCUUUUUGUAGAUCUUUACUUUGAAGUUUGUACAAUAGUGCGAAGGUAAUUUUUAUGACGGUUGUGCUUGUGCUGUGAAGAUUCGUCACUUUGUUCUCUCUCAUUUCUUAAAACAUUUACGUUGUGUUAUACUAUGUACAACCUCAUUUUUUUUGUACUGUGGAGUUUUGAGUUGCUGUUUUAUAUGCUGUGUUCUAGUAGGUUAAAGCAGAACAGCAGCCUAUCUCAACUUUUUGCAAGCAAGCCGGCUGCUUUGUGUUCACUGUCGAUGAGUACUUAAUGUUCUGCUGUUUUAAUAAGCUUCACAAAGCUUGCUACUUAUGUUGGACAUCUUAAAGCAGUACUUAAUCUUUGCUUUGUUGAGCAGGCCUUACACUCCUAGAUCUUGUCACAUGUGACAGGUGCUGCAGUAUUCAUGUGACAGCAGACAUGUCAUGCAUGUCAGAUCUGUUGACAGUAGUCAUGUGAUAACAUGUGUCUUGUCACAGAUCGGUGCCCACCUUCACUUCAUUGGGCAGGCCUUGCAGUCCUAGACCUUGUCACAUGUCAAUGCAUGUAACAUUUGUGGAAAAUCUCCUGACUUGUGACAGUAGUAUGGUCUGUCACAGAUUGGUGCCUAAUCCAUUAAACAUGCCUUGCAGCCCUAGAAUUUGCUUGGUGUCACAUGUCAAUACGUGUGUCAGAUGUGACGGUGGCCAUGCGAUGGUAGAUGUUUGUCGUUUGAUAGACAGGGGCUUAAUGUUCACUUCAAUGAGCAGGCCUUGCAGUCCUAGGCUUUGCCACAUGAUGUGUGUCGCACGUGACAGUAGUCGUGACGAUAUGCGCAUGAUGUGUCACAGGUCAGUGCCUCAUCUUUUUGUUAGUUUUUCAUGGUGCAGAACAAACUUGUGCAAAGAACAAAAGAAUAUCAGGCUAGUUGUUGAUGUGCUGGGAGGCUAAUGACUACCAGAAGCCAUUGGUCAGGCUUCUCUGGUUUGAUAACAUAUCAAGAAUUGCUUUUUUGACCACGUCACAUACAAGAUGAACCCUUUGCUGGUGUAGUACGAGAUAUGCGCUGACCAGUGUUUCAUUACAUUAAUCUUAUCCUUGGUUUACCCACUCUAUAAUCCACUUCACCUUUAAUUUCUGUGCCCGAAUGUGCCAUGUGUUGUCUGUUGGCACAUAGUAAAACUUGCAGCAUGGAAAGGUUAUACCUUAGCAUCUUGAGUUUAACAUGAGCUGCAUUGCAUAUAUAAAAUGCACUGCAUUUUGUGCGUAGACAAACCUUUCAUUCUUUCUGGGAUGCACAAAGCAAUAGGUUUGGUUACUUGGGAACUAUUGUCAUGGAUAAAUGGUACAUGAAUGGGACAGUUUCAAUCGCUGGCAAGAUUACGCUUAGUAAAGGUCAAUUAAUGGUGCCGUUGGUUUACAUUUUCUAAUCAGCGGUGCACCUUGCAACAAGUUUCUAAAUAACCAUGCCCUUUUUUUGUUUACCUCAACCGUCAUUACCAGCUUUUAACAUUUGAACAUUUGAAAUGUCCCAUUCACACUUCCAACUGUCGAUAACAGCACUUGCAUGCAUAUCACUAGGCCUAGCCUGUGCAUUUGAAAAGCAUGGUUGAUUAUUCCUCUUUGCUCAGCUCAAACAAAAAAAGGCAAUAGAACUUGAAAUGUUAUCUUAUUGCUCAAUUUACUACAUGGUAGACGGAAAGCUCUGACGAGCUAAAUGCGGGUUGUGGACAAUACAGCAUUUUUUUUUCUUUUUUCCUUUCUUUUUUCUUUGUGAACGAUGAUGCAGGACUUUUGUACCUUUGUCACAUAGGCAGGCAGCUGAUUAAAAUGAAUUGGAAAUUUCUGAGCGCAGUUGCAGUAAAGCACUUCUAAACGGCGCAACAGUCAUCGAGACAUUGAUUCUGGUUGAUUUCCAACGUAUCAGACGUCACUUUAUAUGUCUGCAACAGAAAACAGUAUGUUUGCAAAUUCUCUGUUACAGCAAAAUUAAAACAUCGGAGGCAAUUCAUUUGUGGGAAAGACCUACUUUAUUUAUCCACUUCCAGGUAUAAGGUAGGCCUACACUUAAUAAAUUUGAUCUCCACUAGCAACUGUCUUAGCACAACCUAUUUUUUACUUCAGAUGUUUUCCCUUUCGAUUUUACUAGAGAAUUUUAUUUUCCAAUUGAGCCAACCAGGAUAAAUGUUAAACAUGCUUGAAACUUUUCACGUUGCAGCAUCUACACGCCUGCAAUUUGAUUGUGAUCAACUCAUGGUUGAGUGACAGAGCAAAAGUCAAGCAUGCUCGAAAAUGACCAUGUAUCAACCCACUAUCUGCUUUGAGUUUGAUCGUGAUAGACUCAAGCGGGCUUAAAGGUGCCCACGUGGCUGUGGUAAUAGACAUGCCUGUUAUAGGGACAUGAGAGUGCUGAACUCAUGCACUGUGCUUGAUGGUGGGUGGCUAAGGGCGUUGUGUCACUGCAAAUCAUUGGAAAAUUGGGUUCCUAGAGCCUUCUGGCAUAUGCUGAAAGUCUGUGCCAAGUCUCUGGUACACAAAGUGAUUACAAGGCAACAGUAUUUGAUGAGAUUAGUAGUGUUUCAAUACCUGUACGCAGUUGUUGAUGCCAGUGCUGUUUGUGUGUCAACUAUUUUCCCCUUAAAUCCUUAUGACCAUAUCACCUUCCCUCAUUGCCAAAACUUCAUAUAAAAUAGUGAGUUCUUACUGCCGAGGACUACCUAGGGUCAUCUAGAGUUGUACGGCAUUUAUGCUAUUCUUCUCCUGGUUCCAAAGUAAAUGUGGCCAUGUAAAAAGGGCCUGUGUGCACCAUAUUUUCACAGGCCAUUAUUUUUUUACAUCUCUGGCAACUUUACUGCCAUUUUUUGUAUCAUAGUAGCUUUAUUCGUUUACGUGUUGUCAAAUCGAAGUAACAGCUCCUGCCCUGCCCAGCUUAGUUACUAUACCCCACACAUUUAUCAGUAGAUCAUAGAACAUGUACAAGCUGUCUCAACGUAUUCUGUCAUCACUAUAGGUCUAUUGCCUUUUUUUAUAUACAUAAAUAUAUAUAUAUACAUAUAUAUUACAGAACUUUUGCUUGUACACAACUCUAGCCCUGCAAACUUGAUGAAAGGUAUCCAUUUGUAUUCUGUCACUUUUUUUUAUGUGAAAUUAUUGUUGGUGCUGUACUUUUCUCGUGUUAGACUGUGAUUCUUGCCUCGGUACUUGACGUUUUGACAGUGCUGCCGCUCGGAUAUACUACAUGUGUAAACGAAACUGCUCUACCAACAAAAUCAUUACUUGUCCAUGCUCAACUUUUACGCAGAAAUAGCAUUUUGUGGUAUAUUUUGCUUAAUAAUAUCGUGGAGCGGCAAUACUUGGCCUUUUUGUCCAGAAUACGUCGCAACUACACCCGGUCUGUGACGAUGCAAGGACAGAAAGCAGUUAGUUAUCGUGUGUUGUGUCUUGUUGGAGCUGUAAAAGACGUCUGCCACGAUUGCAUUACUGACAGAAUUGUAAUUUUUGGUUGGAAUCGAUGCUAAGUAAUGCAUAAACUUGCUUUUGAUAUACUUCAAAUGAAAUGGGUAUGAAACAAACUACACCACAAAAUGCUACCUCCAUGUGAAUGUCGAGCACUAUCAAUCCAGUAGUUUAGUCAGAAGAGCUGUUUAUAUCUGUCUGGCUUAUUUAUGCAACGUCUGGUAACGCCUGUGAGAUGAAUCUGUGUUACUGGAGGACCAUGUGACCAUAACAGACUUGCAGCCAUGUCUAAUGGCCAGUGCAUUAAAUCCACGUUUUUAACCCUCAUUUGUGAUGUCUGUAACCGAGAGGUAUGAUUUGCUCAUAGGAGCGAUCGAUUUUAUAUGAUAGUAAGCUCUUGCGCAAUAUUGUUUCACUGCUUGCACAAGCUAGCCAAGGCAUGUUACGAUACCCAAGACAUAGAUGUAGCAUGGACUUUUGGGAUGUUCCGGUGCCGGGACUAUACAGAAGCAUUUGCAACGAACAAGACUGCAACAUUGAAGUGCGUGAACCUUUGUUAGUGUGAUUUCAUUAUCAACGUAACAGUCCCAAGCAUGCUUGGACUGAAGCGUGCGUUGUCGACGUGAGCCAAAAAAGAAAUGAACACUUGUGUUUGUCUUGCAGGCUACCGAAUGUGUCGUAUUUAUAUUUAUCUUUCGCGACUGAAACGUUAACGUGUACAUAUGCUGUAAUUUGUUUUUUUAUUUGUGCUUGUCUUAUGUUAAAGGCCAACUGCAGCAAAAUUUUUCAGGCUGCAUACAAAGCCUAGAUAGCGUAAAUUUAGGGCAGCCUCCAUGUAAAAUUUUAUGUUUAAGUAAUGUGUGAAUGUGUCACGAGAAACUAGCAUAGCUAUACAUUUGUAAUACCGAAACUGAAAAAUAAUGCUUCCAUUACCACACGCCAGAUAUGGUGCAGAACCCAGUAUGUUGAGAACUAAUGCGGUGCCCUUACGCGACCUCCAAGAAAUCUCGGAGGCCAUCUUAAAUUCGCUAACCACCGGGUGCCCCUAAUGUCUGCUUAGGUGUUAUAUAAAGGAUGUUAAUUCUUUUAAGAUGGACAACCAGCCCUGCAGCUUAUCCCCGAGGUUGCUUUGAUAGCAUAACUAUUAACCAAUUUAGUCAGUGAAAUUUCGUUGAAGUUGGUCUUUGUUUAAUCGUUGUGGCUAAGCACAAGCUCAAACUACUUAUGCAUACAACCUGCGAUGCCGGGUUACUUGUGACCAAUCUUUUCGGGUGUCGUUUUUUUUUUUUUUUUUCCCUCAUGGUUGUUUUGGCAUGGAGCAGACAUACGGCCCAAGUCGGAGCUUAUUUGUUUAUAUUUUUCUAUGUUUCGAUCUGGUGACGUCGUUCUUUUCCCCCUUGUCUGCCAAACAGUGUAGCCAUAUUCCCAUUUGCGUUCAGUGGUAGCGACACCUGGUGUAUAAUAAAGGAAAUGCUUCUUUUA